AUGGGGUUUCUGGCUGCUUUUUUGCUUUCUUUUGUAUCAAGCCAAUAUAUAAUUAUUCCAAUUUUAUACAGUCGAUUUACACCUACAUCUGUUAUAAAUUUUUUUGAAAAAAAUUACAAAUGCGCCGAUCUAGUCAACUUUAAUUGCACAGCGAACUCAAAUGUUUUAUACUUUGCAAAUGAAAUCAACAACCUUACAGACUGGGAACUAUUCGCUUCUACUAGAGAUUUUGAUUUUAUUCUUGAUGCAACUUAUUCUUUGACUUUAACCUCCUUAAUAAGUAAUGAUGCAAAAGAGGUAGGAUUUAUCCAAUUUGUGUAUUUAAACAACCCUGACGCUUCUAUAGACUUUGUUUAUUUUUUGAGGGAUUCUUAUACUUUAAUAAGAAAAUCAGCUUUGGCACUGGUAGAUUAUUUUGGAUGACAAAAGGUAGCUGUAAUACUAGGAGAAGAAUACAUAGACUUGAAUUUUAAAUCAAUUCGGAAUAUAAAUAUUGCUUUUCAAGCAGCAAUUCCAUCACUGAUAACGUAUGAAACGCUUCAACUUAUAAUUUCAAAGCAAAUUAAACCGCUCGGAAUCAAAGUGAUUAUAAUUGCGACAAAUCCGGAGAUAUCAGUUAUGGUGCAAAAAGCUAUUUCAGAUGCAGAUAUGAAUAAUAAAGGAUAUGUUUUUAUUUUUCUUGACCAAGCUGGUUGAAAAGCAAAUUUGGAAGGCUCACUGAUUAUAUCAAGUCAUGAAUAUGUCCCAAAGAGCCUCGAAGAUUAUUUCUCUUAUCUUCUUGGCCAAUUGGCGAGUUGGGUUCUAGGAGUUAUAAACACCAGUGAGAUUCAGGGCUACUAUUCAAUUUAUAAUCUUGGAAUUAUUAUCAAAUCAAUUAGCGACCAGGAUUAUUUAUUUUGAAUCAAUAACAUUCAAAAUGGUCAGAUAACUAAUAUUGGAAGUAUAACCGAAGAUUUAGUGGACAUCAUAUCAUCAUACAUUUUUCCUGGAAAUUCCUCUAACAUACCUGAUAACUCAAAAAUUCAAAUACCUAUCAGCUUUAAUGGAGGAAUCUCAAAUCCAGAUGGCUCUAGUUAUGAGGAAAACGCUAUAUUUCAAACUGGAUCUGUUUUCGCAGUACAUUAUAUAAAUUAUAACCAGUUAAUAUUGUCCAAUUUCAAUCUAGUAGCCUUAAAUAUUUCUGAUUGUGGAGCUUCAGUGUUUGAUUACAAUUAUAGCUAUGCUUGCUUCAAUAAAUACGUACAAAAAAUUGGCUACUUUUUUAUUCCUGGGCUGCAAACGCCAAUAACUGUAGGGACAAUCUCAGUUUUUCAUGCUUUAAACAUAACAACAUCUAUUAUAGGAAUCCAAACUUCAAGUAGUAUGAGUAAUCAAAUAUACUACCCUCAAUAUGCUAGAGUUUCCUAUCCAAAUACACUAACUGCCUCAAAUGUUGUUUUAAUGCUAACAUCAUUUGAAAUCUCAAAAUGCUCAUUAGUUUGCUCUAAUACUUCUUGAGGUAUUGAUUUUAAAGAUCAAUUUGAGAAGAAGGCGAAAACUUUCAAUAUAGAGAUCAUGAAUAGUAACAGAAUUGUGCCUCUCGGAUAUAAUGGGACAGAUAAGUCUAUAGCUGAAGAAAUCAUAAGUUUAAAAUCAAGGUAUGUCGUUAUGGAAGUGACUCCUCCUGAUGUUCUUGCUGUUAUUGAAUCUUUUUACGAUUCAGGAGCUAGGAAAGGAGAUAUUUAUCUAUGUGUAAGCGAUGGCACGGUAAAUCCAGCUGACUUGAAUGAAACCCAAAUCGGUCCAGUUAAAUAUUUAAAGAGGAAAGAGCUGAUGGAAGGGUUAAAUUACCUCAGUUUUUUAUCAUAUUAUGGGACUUUUGGAGAAAGCUUAAAAACAGAAAUUUUGAAUAUGUAUGGGUUUGCUUAUGAUUAUAUGUGUCUCCAUUUUGAUGCUACCUAUCUCGGUGCUUUAGCAAUAGAUUUCUUGAUUACUCUAGGAGCUAAUUUAAAAGAUUCUUCAAUUUCUCAAGCAGUAAGGUAUGUCAAAUUUAAUGGAUGCUCUGGAAAAAUUAAAAUCAAUGCUGAUGGAGCCGAUAGGUCCACAAUUGCAUUUGGCGUAUACAACUUAGUCCAAAAAAACUCAACGUGAGAGAUGGAGUUGAGCGGAAUCUGAGACCCCUCCAAAGUGAUUGCGUAUCAGUCUUUUCAUACUAACACUUGGUAUGUUUGAAAUAAUGGAAAAUUGCCUAGCGAUAUUGUGGGGGCUGAUCUUCCCUGCCCUUUUAAAGGAAGUGAGAGUAAGUCAUUUUUAUACGGAUAUUUGCUAUUAGCGGGAAUUGGCUCAAUCCCAUUUAUCUUUGGAGUGUGCUUUAUUUAUAAAUAUUUUGAUUUUUUAUACACAAGAGAGUUUCCUAUGCUUGAUACUGUUGAGGAAGAAACGAUUCUUGAUACUUGAAUUUAUAUUACUAUGGGAAUAGAAUCCUUACAAUAUAUAGCAUUAGGACCAGAUUUUAGUGAAUUAUUUCCUGGACUCUCCACUUUCACCAAAUUGUCGAUGUUCGAUUUAAGAAAUUGAACGGAAGGUAGCGAGUGAGAUAUUUGGCACCAAAUAAAAUUAAUGAACAUUAUUGCUAUUUUAUGGCUUGCAUUGCUUUUACAGCGAAUUUUUCGAAUUGGAGAAAAUAGUAAAUUACUUCUCUUUGAAGCUUUGGACGAACUAGGAAAAUACUGUCUACCAAUUAUAGGAGAUGUGCUAUUCCUCCCUAUUUUCAGGUUUUUAUUUCUGACCUUUCAAUGUACAAACAGCAUUGGAGACGGAUACAAAGACAGUUAUUUCAAUUUAGAUUGCAAAGUGUUUUGUUGACAAGAUAAGCAUCUCGAAUAUGUAAUAUUAUCGUCUGUUAUUCUGCUAUUCUAUUUGCCAGCAAGCUUAUAUUUUAGGCCAACUUGGCAAGAUGAGACUGAAAGUAUAGUUUUUCAUUUUAGAGAGCAGCCACUCCACUCAAUUGGUAAAAGUUUUUGACAAAUUGUACUGGUUGUAUUAAACACAACCCUUUUGCCGGCUUCAGAAAUUGCAGAAAAUGUAUGUUGCACAGUAAUAAUAUCUUGGCUUGUAGUAAGUAUAUGAUUUGUGAGAAAGCCAUACAAUUAUCAUAGAGCUUCUAUGUGGUACUCAAUAUUUUUGACUGGAUGUUUAUGGCUCUGAAUAUGUAUUGCUACUUCUCUCCUUAACCUAAUACUUGCCCAGUGUCUUCUUGGAAUUGGCUGAGUAUCCUUGGGCGCUGCAGGGACUUUAUAUCAGAGUAGGUAUCUUCCAUCAUUAUUAGUCAGCGCAAAAGGCCAAGAUAUCCAGAGGCUCUUUAAAUUUCAAUUAUCUAACUCCCCUAGCGUGAUUGAACAAAACCAUUACAAAAAUCCUAAUUUUCCAAAAACCCACCCUCCGUUUAUGGAGGGGAGUAAGAAAACUCCUUCCCAAGCAGGAAUUGAAGGAGAAGCAAAAUAUUUCUAUGUAGAAAGGUCUAAUGAUGAAGCACAAAAGCUCAGCUAUGAAUUUGAAGCUUCAUAUAUGUCUAAAUAA